AAGCGUGCACAGAUCUAUAAACUCCUCUCUCUCUCUCUCACUCACUCUCUCUACAUUCGUGUCUCUCCAUUUCUCUCUCCCCUUUCUGUUUCUAUGUCCUGGGUUCUUGCUCCAAUGGCUUUUCCUUCGUCUCCUUCUCCAUCUGUGCAGUGCAAAGUAAGGAAAGCAUAAAGUUCGUCGAAAUAGCAGCCUUUGAAAGUGGGCUCUUUACUCCCCUUCUCUCCUUAUUUCUUUAUUCUGCAACUAAAGAGAGCGAAAGGAAAGUGAAGGCCUCGAACCACUACAGAAACUUAGAGAGAGAGGAAAGUGAAGGCCUCGAACCACUACAGAAACUUAGAGAGAGAGGAAAGUGAAGGCCUCGAACCACUAUAGAAACUUAGAGAGAGAAAGGAAAGUGAAGGCCUCGAACUCCUCACAGAACAAAGAGAGAACUUUUUCUUUUCAUCUCUGUCUCGUUUUCUGAGCCUUGUUGAUGGGUUGCUCACAAAGCAUCAUUGAUUCAGACGAGAGGGAUGAGAGCGCAGAGCUUGGAAUCUCAGUGGGGUGCGAUCCAAACAUGAAAGUUACAGGAAAAAAAAAGAUUUGGGGCUUUCGCCUGCUCUUUGUAGGCAAGCUCAGAACUCAACAAAAUGAAGAGGAGAAAACCAACAAGGCAUGGUUGCUUGGUGAUUCUGAAGAUGGAGAAUGUAGAGAAAUCAGUGGAGUUAUUGAGUGUUUGGAGCCUCAAUCUGUUCACUCUUCAUUUCGUUUCAGCUUUGGUUCUCAAAUGGAGCUGGAAGGCUUGAACCCAACUGUUCUUUUGGUGAAUCUAGAGAGAGAAACAGGGGCCAAAAGUCAUGAACCAGCUUCUAUGGAAUCUCAAUGGAGGAGGAUCCAAUCUCUAGAGCGUAACAUUUCCCCUGUUUCUGAGAAGCUCACUAGAUUCAGUUACUCUGAGGUCCAAUCUGCUACAAAAAAUUUCUCAAGAGAGAGAGUGUUGGGAAGAGGAGCUCAUAGCCUUGUUUACAGAGGGAAUUUAGGAUUUGGGCGUUUCGUCGCAAUAAAAUGUUUGGAUAAUGACGAUAAAGAGUCAGGGAAGGCUUUCUGUAGGGAGUUGCAGAUUGCUGGUUCUCUUGACCAUGGCAACAUUGUUCCACUCUUGGGCUUCUGCAUAGAUCCAUUGGGUCUCUUUCUUGUUUACAAAUUCAUCUCUGGUGGAAGCUUGGACCACCAUCUACACGAAAAGAAAGGUAAGAGCUCAAUGGCAUGGCCAGUGAGGUACAAAGUGGCAGUUGGGGUGGCGCAGGCUGUAGAGUAUCUCCAUUAUGGCACUGACAAGUGCGUUGUUCACAGAGACAUCAAGCCGUCCAAUAUCCUCCUCUCAUCAAACAAAACAGCCAAGUUAUGUGAUUUUGGGCUGGCUACUUGGACUGAAGGAGCCUCAAUCCCCUUCCUUUGCAAGACUGUCAAAGGAACGUUCGGGUACUUGGCCCCUGAAUAUUUCCAGCAUGGUAAGGUGUCUGAGAAAACUGAUGUGUAUGCAUUUGGAGUGGUGUUGCUAGAGUUGAUAACGGGGCGGGAGCCCAUAGAAAACAAAAGGCCACCUGGUGAGGAGAACUUGGUAUUAUGGGCGAAGCCUCUCCUUCAUGGCCAACACAUAGAUGAACUCCUGGACCAACGGAUAAGGCUCGAGACCCGUUACCGGAAGCAAGUCCAGAGAAUGGUGCAAGCUGCCGCCUCUUGUUUGAGCACAGAGGAGGCAAGGAGGCCUUCUAUGGCAGAGGUUGCGAGGUUAUUAAGAGGGCGUGACGAGAAGUUCUAUAGUGAGAGAGAGUAUAAAAUCGGACAUUACCACUCCCUUGAACAAUUUGAGCUCAGGAAUGAGAUUGAGGGCCAUAUGGCCUUGGCCAUGAUGGGUGUAGCUGAUCUUGAAGAUGAUCACCAGAACAGAGUGCAGCAUCGCGGGUGAUGUCACCCAUUGACUCCUUAAUUCUUUUGAGCUGCCAUUUUUUCUUUUGCUACCCCAAGAAAAAUAACUGUCUUGGUUAUUUUUCUUUCCUAUUUUUCUUUUGGGUAGUAGAUUGAAUUACCCUUACAGUUGUACAUAGAGAAGAUGGGAUUGUAACCAGGAUUGUUGCGAGUGUUGUUCCUGGUUUUCUUACAAAACUGUAAAAGACUCUCUCUCUCUCUC